AUGGAAAAUCAGCGCCGCGACGACUCGCCGUCGGGUCUGUCGGAUAUUGUCGAAGGCGACGGCCUUCUGGGCACCGGCCUCACGACCCGUCAUAUCGAGGCAUUUGGACGAAAAGUCACUACGACCGCAGGACAUUUGAUGGGACCGGGCGAAAAAGACACACACUUCCACCAUGCGAUGACCGACAUCCACCGCGAGCUCCGGCGACCGGCGGCGCAGCGCAAGGUGUUCUCGCUAACACAAACCACGCCGACCGACCUUGUCCGAUCGAAGCUUUCGACCACCGAGAUCCAAUCCCGCGCGUUAUCCUCGGUCCCCGAUGAUCUCCUUGCCAACAUCCCCGAAGACAGUAGCUCCUACUCGCUCUUCGAGGGCUUCCAGGCCUCCGUACCAGAGGAAGAACACAAGAAACGGCACCGGAGGCGCAGUUCCAAGGGCAAAUAUCUGAAGGAUGUCGAGAGAGGGGGUUCUUUGACUGCCGGACCGGCCGGGUUGAAGGACCAGCGGAAAUCGCUGAGUCGCAAGCUGGAAUUAAUGGGCAUUCGGAAGAACAUGUGCAGCGCAGAGAUUCACGAGAUCGACAACAAGGUCGCAAACCUGCAUAAGAUUCGGAAAAUCGUCCUGGAUAGACUUGCUGGCUUAGAGAUGGACGAGGCGGGAUUGGAAGCCGACCUUACCGAACUCGAUAACAAGCUGGAGGAGUUUCCCGAAGAAGAGGAAUCUUCGGAUACACCUGUUGCGACAGAGGCGUCACAGCAGGAGGGCGACGAUGAGACCAUUGGGUCGUCGGACGAUCCAGCGAUGGAUGCCUCCUUCAUGUCCGAGUCUAUAUAUGAAAAGCUGCCUACAUCCUCACCAAAAAGCUUACGACAUCGAUCGAACAGGAAACGAUCGAUGCCUAUUCUUCACGAACACUUCGAGCCGGGAUCUUUAAUCAAAGAGAUAGAAGCGCACACAGACAUGGUCACCGCGAUUGACUUCGACUACCCAUUCGGCACCAUGGUCAGCGCCGCGCUAGACGAUACCGUGCGAGUUUGGGAUAUGAACGUCGGCCGGUGCUCUGGUUUCUUAGAAGGGCACCAUGCCUCCGUCCGGUGCCUGCAGGUAGAGGAUAAUAUAGUGGCAACGGGAUCGAUGGACGCAUCCGUGAAGCUCUGGGAUCUGAGUCGCGCGCGGCCCACGACUCGAGAUGGACGUCUGAACAAGCAUGAGCGCGACCAGGAGGACGGAGAACCUCAGCGAAAGACUCCGGUUCCACCAUCGUCGAACCUCGAAGACUGCAACGUUUUCUCAUUGGAAGCUCACGUUGACGAGGUGACAGCCCUUCAUUUCAAGGGCGAUACUCUCAUUUCGGGUUCAGCGGAUAAGACACUCAGACAGUGGGAUUUGGUCAAGGGUCGUUGUGUUCAGACAUUGGACGUGCUUUGGGCUUCUGCGCAGGCUUCAUCUUCCAUGGCGGGCGAGUCUGACUGGCGCCCGUCAGGUCGCAUGCCUGAUGCUUCCGCCGACUUCGUUGGUGCUGUACAAUGCUUUGACGCCGCUUUGGCUUGUGGUACUGCCGACGGCAUGGUCCGUCUGUGGGAUUUGCGCAGUGGUCACGUUCAUCGGAGUCUUGUUGGACACACUGGUCCGGUUACCUGUCUUCAAUUCAACGAUAUGCACCUAGUCACUGGCAGUCUAGACCGCAGCAUUCGGAUUUGGGAUCUGCGCAUGGGCUCCAUCUACGAUGCGUAUGCCUAUGACAAGCCUGUCACCAGCAUGAUGUUUGAUGCCAAGCGUAUCGUCGCUGCUGCCGGGGAGAAUGUGGUCAAGGUUUACGACAAGGCCGAUGGCAACCACUGGGACUGCGGCCCCGGUGUUGGAAUCGACGAGGGACCACUCCCCGCGACAGUCGAGCGGGUUCGUCUCAAGGAUGGCUAUCUUGUGGAAGGUCGCAAAGAUGGUACCAUGGCUGCUUGGACAUGUUAG